AUGGCUAUAGAAGAAAUGAAAGUAAUUCCAUUCUUUAAAACAGAAAAUAAAAAAAGAGAAAAUAACAAAAAUAAUUUUUUUGUUAUAUCAGAAUUAUUUCCACAAGCCAUUGCAGCUACAAUUGAUGGAAAAGAAAUGACACAACUUGAUGAGAAAGGAAAAUUGAAAUGGGUUGAUGAAGAGGAUAUCAUAAAAAUUCAACAACUAAGAAUUAUUAAUUUACCUGAUGACUAUGAAGUUCUAAUGAAUGUUAGAAAACGGGUUGUUGGAAUAGAAACAAAAAUAUAUUAUUAUGACGAAAUAGAUUUUGACCAUUUUCCAUUAUUAUAUAAAGCUUGCUUGGAUUUUGAUGGAGUUUCAUUUGAUUUUAGUGAUAUGUUUAUAAAUCGAUGUUACAAUGUUGAGACUGUAUGUAUUAAAGGAUUUACUGAUUAUCAAUUACUUAUUAAUAUUUUAAAGAGUGAAUCAAUUGGAAAUAAAAUAAUAAUUGAAGUAGAUGAAAAUAUUAAAUGGGAAGAAGUUGAAGAACUUAGUAAUUAUUGUAUUCUUACUUUAAAAAAUUUUAAAAAUUUUAAAAAUAAUGAAAUAAUUAAUAAAAUUCUUGUUUUAGAUGGAACGUAUUAUGAUGAAAUAGAAAAUGAUGAAAAUUAUCUAGGAGAACUGAAUGAUGAUUUAAUCUAUUUAAUAGAUUUAGUAGAUCCAAAUGAAUUUGCAGACAUAACUGAAGAAGGUGUUUGGUUGGGCAAAUAG